AUGGCUUCCCAUAAUAGAUGCUCAUCCACCCCAGGACUCCCCCAUAUCUCGGCGCUGAAUGUUGUUCUGGAGAUGCAGCAUAUGAAAUCCAUCACUCACAGACUGUUUUAUAUAGCGAAGAUCUCUCCUGAGAGGAACGACUACAGCGAAAUUACAGAUCACUACGAGAUGCUGUUCCAUAAACUGCAGAAAUUCAACCUGGGAGAGUCAAUAUCUGGCUUACUGCUGAUCUAUCAUACCUGUGUCAUCCACAUCAUUGAGUCUACCAGUGAAAUCUUGUAUGAAGUUAUUCAAGAUUUGGUCCACAUCGAGAACAUUUUUCUUCGGGAGGCCAGGAUUCUCGUGGUCUCCCACAGUAUCUCCAGCAGGCUCUUCCAGCAGUGGUAUUUCCGCAUUAUAAAGCUGCCAGUCCAUUAUUUUGAUGAUUCUAUGGAAGGACAAUCAGAGGAGGAGGUGGUGGAAGAGUGCCUAACAAAACUGAUGAAGCUUGGGACCUUCUUGUCCAAGAUGCCGCAUCCUGGCAGUAAAGGUCCUGGAGAGGAUCUGCUUGGUUUGGCACCUGAACUGCUUGUCCAAGAAGAGGCCAUCCAUUUUCUCAUGAAGUUUGACAGUUUUCUGAAACCAGAAGAAUUCCUAGCAAUGUAUGACAGGCCCAUGAAUGCCUCCAGUGUUGCAGAGAGCCAAUCAGUAGACCUUGUGUACCUAAGAGAUGCAAUCUUUGGAAGCCUACCCAUAUGGAAAGGUUCCUUUACAAUCAACAAUGGCCAGUCUCUGAACACUUCUACCUAUAGUGGCCAAGUUUGUCCCUCUUCAUCCAUUUUGACAUCGGCUGCAUUUACAGCAAAGCUUGCCGGUUUCAACCUCAAAAUAGUCCUGGAUUGA